AUGUCAUUUAAUGUAAAUUGGGCUAUUCCGCCAUCAAUGAAGGAUUUCAUUGAAUCGGCUUCGGUGCCGGGUUCUUUGGAUCAGAAUCUAUACACCGGCAGAUAUUUGUACGUUUGCGGAAGAGGACAGGCCUUGGAAAGAAUCAUCUCGUGCUUCGUUGUCGGUCUCUCCCAUAGCUCAUCAUUGGUAUUUCUUAUUAGCCCCUCUAACCCGAUCAUUGAGGCAAUUGAGGGCCUACUUCCAACGGGCACUCUAAAAAAGGUGCCAUCUUCGAUGAGUUCCUCGCAACGACAUGGUGGUGUUAUCCACAUUUCGGCACAGCGUCUAGUCACUGAUUUGCUAAAAGACAACUUUCCGUUUUCACUGGUGACCGGUCUAAUUAUUCCAGAUGCCACUGCUAUACUUCGACAUUCUCCAGAACAUUUUGCCAUCAAGCUGGACUCUCCGUUCUUGAAAUGCUUUUCGGAUGAUUCAUCCAUGGUGUUGAGAGGCAUAUCUCUUUUAAAGGAAAUAUUCUGCCUUGAUGACGUUUUUUUGCUACCAAGAUUCCAUGAGCUAGUUAAAAACGAGCUGGAUGUUUUGCCGGGGCUGUAUAUGUCUGAUCACUCGUAUCCAAUGACACCAAAGGCCAAACGAAUCCAAAUUUGUAUCCUUGCUUGUCUUGAUGGUUGCUUUAUGGAGCUGAAGAGGAUUGUGCCUGAUUUGGCGGAAGAAUUCUUUCCAGACCCCAAUGUGGUUCCUGUUGGGAGUGAGCCAGCCAUCAAUGCGGUCGAUGCAAUCGAAUUCUACCUCAACCUAAAUAUGUCCAAAUUUCAUGUCUUCUCGUCCACUUUUCUGUCUACUGCACGAACGCAACAAUUGCUUUCUGAAAUGAAAGUUUUACGGUCCCUUUUAUUCCCAAAUGCCAAUCCACUGAGCUGGAUGACGAUGCCUGAAGCUGACAUUAUUUUGGCUACAGCAAAAGAACGUGUAUUGUCAUCCACUCCAGAUCGACAUGUGCGCUGGCAAAAAGAAAUG